AUGAACAACUGCAAUAUUUCCGAAGUUCAUCCACAAGCAUUCGAAAAACUCUACAACGUCGAAGUAAUCCAUCUCUCCAACAAUAAUAUUUCAUUUCUCAACGAAAGCAUUUUUCACCAGAAGUCUAAGCUCGCUACUUUAAACGCGGAAGGCAACGCCAUCAGAAGCCUGAAAGGUGUCUUCAGCCGUACACAGGCCCUUCUGGCACUCCAGCUCUCCAUGAACAAGGUCCAAGAUAUCACUGAUACCUUCACGAACCUCUCUACACUGGUCGUGUUGAAUCUUACCAUGAAUGAGAUUGCGUUUAUUCGAGACGGAACUUUCCUGAGAAACUCCGACCUUGCUCAGUUGUACAUCAGUCAGAACAGAAUCGAAUGGCUGGGAACGGGCUGUUUCGAGGGUCUAUCAAACUUGCAAGACCUGCAACUUCAAAACAACCGAAUCUUCAGCUUGAACGGAUCGUUGAGGCAACUGACGGCUCUGAAAAGGGGGAUUCUCAACGACAACUUGUUGCAGGUUAUCGAACGAAGAGACUUUGAUAACGUGCCGGCGCUUCGGACCCUCUACGCAUCCGGAAACAAUAUCAGCGCGAUCGAAAGCGGAGCUUUCGAAAGUUUAAACAACUUGCAAACCCUCUCUCUGUCCUUCAAUCAGCUAGUGACGAUUCCUCGGCGCAGCUUUCCCGCAUCACUGGACAAGUUGGACAGUCUUGUCAUCCACGGUUAG